CUUGGUUCUGAAAAUACAAAUUUCUGCUGUUCCUGCAGUUGCCCUGCCUUGUUCCCAUCCGUCCCUCAGACCCUGGCCCGGCCUGGCUGCCUUCCUCGGGCGCUGACGGGGCUCUGUUUCCACAGACAUGGCCGUGCAGAACUUCGUGGGAGGUGCAUUCCGGGGAGCCACCUGGGUUGCCCUGCACAACGGCGGGGGUGUCGGCUGGGGUGAGGUGAUCAACGGGGGAUUUGGCCUUGUGCUGGACGGGACCCAGGAGGCUGAGCAGAAGGCCAAGAUGAUGCUCAGCUGGGACGUCUCUAACGGAGUGGCCCGCCGCUGCUGGUCCGGGAACCGGAAGGCCUACGAGAUCAUCUGCCAGACGAUGCAGGAGGACAGGGGCUUGGUGGUGACGCUGCCCCAUGAGGUGGCGGAUCAGCGUGUGCUCCAGCGGGCCCUGCGGCUGUGAGCGGGACCGAGAGCCCUGUGGUCCCCUCACCACCUCGGCCCCGCCCUCACCUCACAGCCACCCGGCUCCCUCCGCUACUCCCCGUGCUCUCCUGGGUCAGGAGCUGUGCUCACGCCCUCUUGGGGUUCACCACCCGGAGGGAGUGUCACUGCACCCCCAGCUUACAGCUGAGGCCAGAGGGCGGGGACCUCUGCUGUCCCCACGCGGCUCCCUGGGGACCGGGAAGGCAGUGGGGGUCUUCUUCAGGGCUGGGUGCUCAGGCCUGGCGCCAAGUGGGCUCGGGGGCCUGGUGCCGUGAAAACUGGCUGAGCGGGGCACUGACCAGUCCUUGGAGCCGCCUGCUGUCCCUCCUCCCGCCAAGGGGCAGGUGCUCCUUUGGCCAGGCUCUCGCCCAUCGCCCCGCCUUCCCCCGACUGACCGACCGACUGGCGUGGGACCACCAGGUGACCAGGCAGAGACGGCCUGGCUCGGGCCGGCGGUCCACGCCCGAGACCUGCGACCUCGCUGCACAGAGAGGCCAGCUUUGAGCAUGUCCUCAUUCUCCUUGGUUCCCACGACAGACUCAAAUUGAGAAAGAGAUUGGGGGCCGGUCAAAACUUGACACCUGCCCCCCACAUCUAGCUGGGGGGCCGAGUCCUCCCCACGGGCCAUUCCACCUUUGCCUGAGCUAACAAAACCCCACUGUUGUCUGGGCAGCAAUGUGCACGUAAAAAGUAGCUGAUUUUCCAGCCUUCCUUGUAAUUAGGAGUGACCAUUGGCCUGGUUCCGGCCCAUGAGAUGACGUGGAAGUCUGCUGGGUGGGUCUUCCGGGAAAGCUGUAAUAAAAACAGACAGGUGCGGCUGCA